CGAUUCUCUCCUCUUCUUCAACCUUCGAUCCAUAUAUUUCCAUUUUGCAAUUCCCCAAAAUUUAUUUUGCUUUGAAUCUCUUCAUCUUCUUCCUAUUCUCUGCAAAUCUCUCCUAGGCGCGAAUGGCGAAUUUGGUUGACAAGGCAAUGAACUACGUCUCAGAGAAGGUGGCCAACAUGCCGAAGCCAGAGGCCUCUGUCACAAACGUCGAUUUGAAGGGUCUAAGCUUUGGUUCCGUCGAGUAUUUGGCCAAUGUCUCCGUCACCAAUCCUUACAGUCACUCCAUUCCUAUCUGCGAGAUUUCUUACAUUCUCAAAAGCGACGGCAGAGAUAUUGCGACGGGAAAAGUUCCAGAUCCAGGAUCUCUGAAAGCGAGUGAUUCGACGAUGUUGGAUGUGGUAGUGAACGUACCGCAUUCCGUACUAAUAAGCUUAGCGAGGGACAUAGGGAGAGAUUGGGACAUUGAUUACGAAUUGCAGAUCGGACUCGUCAUCGAUCUUCCGGUGAUCGGAAACUUCACGAUUCCUCUGUCUACAAAAGGCGAGAUUAAGCUCCCUACCAUGUCUGACGUUUUCGCUUAGCUAAAUUUAUCAUAUAUAUAUAUAUAAUCUGAGGUUAAAAUUUCUAAAUCACGUCGACCUAAGUGAUCGAUAAUAAGGUUUCUUGUUAGCAAGAUCAACUAAGUUUGUUGUAAUUUAUUUUCCUUUUUGUUACAAAAUCAUAUAUAGUGUAUACACAGUAUUACACAACUGAUCUUUAUCAAUUCUGUUUCAAUCUUUUUCAUGUAUCAUUGUAAUAUCAUAUGAAUCAUCAUUAUCUUCCUCUAACUUUUAUUUUUUUAA